AUGGCCUCCAACCAGGACCCCGCGGUGCCCUACUGGGUCGCCCAGCUCAACUCUCCUCCCGCCGCAAAGUCCAAAGUCAACGGCAUCAUCGAUCCUCCAGGCUUCUCUGGAGCGCCCAGCGCCCCCAAGAAAGGAAAGGACGUCAAGACACAGCCCCGGAAGCCUCCCUCAGCCGAAGAGAGAGACACGCUCAAGCUCAAAAAAGCCUGGGAAGUCGCCCUCGCGCCCGUCAAGGGCCUCCCCAUGACCGCCAUCAUGAUGUACAUGUCGGGCAACUCGCUGCAAAUCUUUAGCAUCAUGAUGGUAUUCAUGGCCUUCAAGAACCCCAUCGUCGGCCUAAUGUCCACGAACCAGGCCUUUGAGCGCUUCCAGACCGACAGCAACUCGGGCCAGAUCUUGCAGACAAAGGCUGUGUACGUGGCGAUGCAGUUUCUGGCACUGGCCGUGGGUAUUUGGAAAAUCAACUCUAUGGGUCUAUUACCGACGACACGAUCUGACUGGUUGAUGUGGGAAAAUUUGAGAGAACCUGUAGAGCACGCAAUUCUAGCUCUAUAA